AAAAAUUAAUAUUUUUAUGGCAUCGCAAGGACUUUGUUUUCUUUGCAUUUCUGUUGUUGUUCCAAAGUUUCGGAAUUCCGAUCUGAAGUAAUUAAGAUAUACAAGAAGUUUUGAAGGGAGGUGUUUCAAAAGUGUUGAAUCACUCCACAGCUUCAAAAUGUCUUGGAAUCCGCAAUAUGAUCAUAUAGGUCGAACAUUUGUUCAGCAAUAUUAUACGUGUUUUGAUGAUCCUUUACAAAGAUCGACAUUGGCCGAUUUCUACGAUGUAGAAAAAUCUUUGAUGACAUUUGAGGAUGUUCAGAUUUGUGGAAGAACAAAAAUAAUGGAAAAGAUAACGAGUCUUACAUUUCAAAAAAUAGCCCAUAGUAUAACUUCUAUUGAUACUCAACCAAUGUUUGAUGGAGGAAUUUUAGUAUGUGUUUUAGGACAACUUAAAACUGAUGAUGAUCCACCUCAUACUUUUCAUCAAAUAUUUGUGCUCAAAAGUCUAGCAGAGAGCUUCUAUGUGGAACAUGACAUAUUUAGGUUAGGUUUGCAUCAUUUGGGAUGAAUCUACCUAAACCUGUGGUUUUAAAUGUGUGCUGUUGUGAAGGGGAGUUUCAGCUCUGGUGCAAUCAACUAGCCUUAAUUAUGCUUACUUGAUUCUCAGCAUAUGGUUGGGAUUUUGUGAAAUGUACUAUGAUCGUCAAAAACGCUAUCAAUAUUAUCAUUUUUGUUUGUGUAUCUAAUGCACUAAUUUAAACUUGGAGUAAUCCUAAAAAAUAUUUUCCUUCACUAGUCUCAAAAGUUUAAUCAUCACUUGUGAGAUACUAUUUACUGCAUUAUAUGAUGAUAUAUUUUUGAAAUAUAUGAAUUAAUUUAACUUUUUAUUAAAAAUGACCAAAUCUUUUAAGGUGAUUAUUUUAAAUUAAAAAUUUAUUUGGUGUGCUUACUUAAUAAGUAAGCUUAUUUUAGUUUUGACAAUGCAUUAAAUGUCUAAAUUUAUCUGUGAGUGUUGUGUUUGGCCAUAAUAAUUGUUGAAGUAUCGUGUUUGUGUGUAUAUAUCUUUAUUUGUGUAAUUAUAUAUUUCAGCUAAUGUUUGAAAUGUUGCAAUUGACUUCAAUUGCUCAUAAGAUUUAUCAAAUUAUGCAUUAUUUGGCCAAUUUGCAAAGUAGAAUGUUAUGGCAAUACAUGUUUCAUGUUAUAUUUGCAUACUUAUUAUUAAACAUAAUGAAUAAUUGAUAUAUUUUGGGAGUGUUAUUAGGAAUGAACUGCUCUUUUAUGAACCUUGUACUACUGUAAGGAACAAAGAAAAAAAGAUAACACUCCUCUCUUAUUUAAGCAAUUGAUUUAUAAGUUUACACUUCUAUUUAAAUUCUUGUUAAUUAUUUAUGUUAUAAAGUUUUUUAUUGUGAAAUAAAAUAAAUUUUUUACUUGCA